AUGGCAGGCAGCCAGCGCUAUCUCCGCUACAUUGUCUUUGCGAGUAUCGCCCUUGUUCUCCUCUACCUAAUCGGCUCCUCGUCGUCUGUGCCCGCCACCAACUGGCCAGCCUACCAGGAUGUCAAGACUCCCGCCGGCCGGCCUCAGGGCAACGCCGCCGUGGUGAGCGACGACGAAGAGCAGCCCAAGACUGUGCCCAGCGCUAAGCCCCCCACCACGCCCAACGACAAGGCGCUCCCGCCUCCCACCGCUUCCGGCGACCGCAUGAACGCGACGUUUGUGACGCUUGCCCGCAACUCGGAUGUCUGGGAGAUUGCCAAGUCGAUCCGCCAGGUCGAGGACCGCUUCAACCGCAAGUUCAACUACGACUGGGUCUUCCUCAACGACGACGACUUCAACGACGAGUUCAAGAAGGUGACCACGGCCCUCGUGUCGGGCAAGACCAAGUACGGCAAGAUCCCCAAGGAGCACUGGUCGUUCCCCGAAUGGAUCGACCAGGACAAGGCCGCAAAGGUCCGCGAGGAGAUGAAGGAGAAGAAGAUCAUCUACGGAGACUCGGUCAGCUACAGACACAUGUGCCGCUACGAGUCGGGCUUCUUUUUCCGCCACCCCUUGAUGCUCGACUACGAGUGGUACUGGCGUGUUGAGCCCAGCGUCAAGAUGUACUGCGACAUCAACUACGACACGUUCAAGUUCAUGGCCGAGAACAACAAAAAGUACAGCUUCACUCUCAGUCUGUACGAGUACGUCGAGACGAUCCCCACCCUCUGGGACGCAACCAAGAACUUCACCAAGCACUACCCCCAGCACAUCAGCAAGGACAACUCGAUGAAGUUUCUCAGUGACGACGGCGGCGAGACAUACAACCACUGCCAUUUCUGGUCCAACUUUGAGAUUGGUAACCUCAACUGGCUGCGAUCCGACGCAUACAUUGACUUCUUCACCUCUCUCGACCAUGCGGGCGGAUUCUUCUACGAGCGAUGGGGUGAUGCCCCGGUCCACUCGAUUGCCGCUGGUCUGCUUCUGCCCAAGGACCAGAUCCACUUCUUCAACGACAUUGCCUAUUACCACGUUCCCUUCACGCACUGCCCCACGGGCGAAGACUACCGCCUAAAGCACAAGUGCUCGUGCAAUCCCAAGGACAACUUUGACUGGAAGGGCUACAGCUGCACUUCUCGCUACUACGAGCUCCAUGGCUUGGAGAAGCCAGCAGGGUACGAAAAGGAGCAGGAUUAA